CGUAACCGUGGUCCCGCGUAGCUGGCCUGUACGCACGACACGACUUCCCCUCUUUCCACUAAUCGCCUCCCCUGUUCUCCAAAGCUUGCCCUCUCUCUCCCAUCAGCGCGCGUCGGUAGCCCCGACCUGCCUGCAUGACAGCCGUGCUGUCUGCAUCAGAUCCCCUCGCCAGAGAUCGAGUCAUGUCCUCCAAUGACGCCAAUGAGUUAGACUACUCAUCGACGGACUACAAGUACUGGAAGGAAAAGUACUUGGAAGAGGCUGACAUCGUCCGUGAAACCCAGGCAGAGUUGGAUGACUUCCAGGUUAGCAGUAGGGAGCUCGAGGCAGAGCUCGAGAGUGAUCUGGCGCGGACAGAGAAGGCGAAGAUGGACCUUAUGGUCAAGGUAGAGCGGGCUGAGACGGAGCGUGACGAGUGGAAGGCAAAGUUCGUGGCACUCCAGACUUCACACAACACAACAACGGCCUCGCUGCAGCGCGAGCUUGAUCAAUUGCGGCAGACGCAUCAGCAGGUCAUGGUUCAGAUGCGGGAGUUGGAGAUGGGAAAUGACGACCUGGAACGGAAUGAACGUGCAGUCAGCUCAAGCUUGGCCGAUGUCGAGGCAAAGUAUGCGAAAACUCUUGAAGAGAAGAUUCUUCUGGAGCAUGAACUUCUUGACAAGGCCAACGUUGAAGAAGAGUGUCAACGUUUGAAGGAUGAAGUAAGAGAUGCUAAUCUCGAGAUCACCGUGCUAAAGGACCAGUUGCAACAGGCCCGUUCUUAUGCAAAGGCGCAACAGAGGUCAUCGACGUACGACUCGUCUACAUCGGGCACUGUAUCCUUCAAACCCCAAAUUCCCUCAUGCGAGAAUAUACUUAAACAAAGACCUCCGUCUGACCUGCAGCUGUCAGACCUGUCUCCCACAACAGAACAGAUUGCGAGACAGUUCUCCCGGUCGUCAUCCGAAUCGUCCACGAAUUUCGCUCUUUCUAGAAAUGCCUCGUCAUCUUCGCCAGAUUCGUCAAUAGGACACGAGGCUCUAAUGAAACGAGCCGGGCUCCCACCGACCUGGAACUCACCGGCAUCCAGCGACCGGACGGCUACUAUCUCUCGGUCUCAGACGAUGUCAAGUUUCGUGCCCUCGCGGCUUCCUACAGGUAUUCCGUCAACAAACCCGCGUCCCACGCUUGCUUCACGCCUUCCGGCAUCCACGAGCUCUAGCUCAGCAAUCUCGUCGUCUGGUACGGCAUCGAAGAGCAGAGGCGUGCAGAUGGUCUCUGAGAUGCGUGCUCGAGUGAGGAACCUUGAGCAGAGAUUGCAUACUCGUGUUCCUCGUCUGCGAAUGGGCAGCAUCUCCAAACCGAAGGCAGAAGCGGCCUCCGCACCAACGACGUCCCAGAUCAAACCAAAUGGUAUCCCUGAAUUCAAGACGCCAGAGCGUGAUAGGUUCAAGCGGCGGAGCGCAGAUAUUGAAUACGAAAAGCGAGCUGCUCUAAAUGCGGCCAACGGCGAUACGUCCGGUUGGGUGCUGAUUAUGGAGGACAAUAUGACGCCGUCUCCAACAAAAGACAGAGAUAAAGCCCGACGGCGUCUCAGCAGUCCCACGUCAUCACCUUCACCCUUUAGUAUCUCAUCUAGAAGCACAAAUAGGACCUCAAGUUCGAGAACAUCGAAUAACUCGUCGGGAGACGUGAAUAUUGGCAAAGGUAGACCACAAUCGCGUCUUUCACAAGGUGGAAGGGACAGUAUGAGCACUGUCUCUACCAGGAGCUCGCUUUCGACACCAACCUCUCGCCCUACUUCUCCUACAUUCCUGUCGACACCCCCGCCAGGCUUCUCAAAUUCCGCCCUGCCCACAUUAAAGCGGGCAGUGACGGUCCAGAAGCAGAAACGAGCGUCGCUUGGCAGAGGCAUGCCUUCAGGAACUCCGCCUUCGUAUCUGCAACCUCCAAAUAAUUACCGUGAGAAGCUUGCGGCGGCGGCAGCUAUUGCUGUAUCCGCAUCUGACAAGUCUCUUCCUCCUACGCCGAAAUCGGCAGCAAAAUCCCCGCGCCCGCCAUCGGCAACAGGGCAAAGCCGUAUUGGCAGACCUUCACCUGUGACUUCGGGACGACGAAGCUCAGCAGACAACAACAGCAAAGGUCUUGCGGUCAAGGAUCUGGGACGUUGGAGGUCGGGUAGCGCCGCUUCGUGAAGAUGUAGAAAGUCGAGCACAACGGACCCAAUGUUCAAUAAUAUGGAUAUCUGUCUUAUUAUGCUUCUACUCUGGCUGCUUAUCGUACGUGGUUCCUGCUGGUACUUUUAUUAUUUCCCCCCUUUUUCGGUUUUUUUAACUAUUCCCUUCACCAAUUUCUUCGUCACAUUAUUCAAUUCCCGUCUUGUAAUUGCUGGUACACUCUAAAGUAAAGUUGUUAUCGACCACCAUGACACCCUCGUUCCGAUUGUUAUUAGUAUUGCCACACUCCUUAAACUCCUUUUACC